UUCACGAAUAUGCCUUUGGCAUUACCUUACUGAAGAUCCGUGAAUCUUGCGGUCAGGAUAUAUAAAGCGGAAGGCUUGCUUGAUUCUCAAGUCAGUGCAGUGAGAAGCUCGUACGAGACAAUCGCUAGUUAUCCAAUUCGACAUGAACCGUCUGAUUAUCGCUUUGUUCGCUUUGGCGACCGUCGCUGUGGCUGCCCCGUUGGAUGGAACCACGCCAGUUCCAAUUCUACGCCAGAGUAUAGAUGGUCCCAAUCCUGAUGGUUCUUAUAGCUGGCUCUACGAGACCGGAAAUGGCAUCCAAGCGCAAGAAGACGGAUACCUGAAGAAUCCAGGAACUGAAAACGAAGGAAUCUCAGCUCAGGGUUCUUACAGCUAUACCGAUCCCGAAGGAAAUCAAAUCCAGUUGACUUAUAUCGCUGACGAAAACGGCUUCCAGCCUCAGGGUGCUCAUCUUCCAACUCCCCCUCCAAUCCCUGAGGAGAUCCUUAAGGCACUGGAGUACAUCCGAGCUCAUCCCGAAGAAAAUGAUAUUGACGCGCCUAAACAGUAAUAAUACAAUUUGACCGGAUUUAUCGAUAACAAUUGAUAUCCGAUACGAUAGACUCUAAUUUUGGAUGCCAAGUGAUUUGAAAGAGAAAUUUGAUAAUGAGGGAUUUUUUAUUUUGAUUUUAAUAUGCAAAUUGAACAAAGAUUUUUUUAUUGACAAUAUGUAUUGAGCGGAGUCUAUCGUAUCGGUAUAUUGACGAUAUUCCGAUGACUGGCCAAUCGUAACACGUAACCCACGGAAAAGUCACGGCACGAGGAGUACGCACUUCUUCCAAGGUCGAAAUAUAGGUUUAUCUUUUCGACCUUUCGAAGAACUCGAUGUCGCCAUCAAAUAUGGCCGUUUUUUCCCGAAACAAAAUACUCGUUGUAACUACAUGUACUAUUUUCUAUGCAGAAAUAUAAUGUAAAUAAAUUAUUGUCCACUGUA